ACGUCACCACACCACCCCAUUCCCACACUCCUUCGACAUCACGCCCUGCUCGGCUAGAGAUGCUUUCACAUGCUAACCCGCUUGCCUUAACCAGGCAUCGCCCAAGUUUGGGACCUUCAUCUGCCUUAACUGCGCCGGUACCCACCGCGGCCUAGGAGUGCACAUCUCCUUCGUACGCUCCAUCACCAUGGACGCCUUCAAGACCGCGGAGAUCAUGCGCAUGGAACAGGGCGGUAAUGAGCCCUGGAAAUCCUUCUUUGACGCUCACGUUAUCACUCAAUCCGAGGGCCGCACCUUCGAAGACUCCACGAUCAAAGAGCGUUACGAGGGCGAAGUCGGAGAGGAAUGGAAGGAGAGGCUAUCUGCCAAGAUUGAGGGGAGGGAGUAUGUGCCAGGCCAGACGACUCAACCACCACAACAACCGAAGAAGCAGCUGGAAUUGUCGUCACGGUCGAGCACCCCUCUGGCACGCGGUGGCACCCCCGCGUCCCAUGACGGACUCGUCGACGAGGGUGCCAGCGCAACCAAGAAAGAGCGCAACGAGGCAUAUUUCGCCAAACUGGGAUCGGCGAAUGCCACCCGGAGUGAGUCCCUGCCGCCAUCGCAAGGCGGCAAGUUCACGGGUUUUGGAGGCGGGAUGCCGCCCGCCGAAGCGGCGGGACCCGAGCGCACGGGAGGCUCUGGGGCCCUGCCGGGGUUCGAUGAUUUUCAGAAAGACCCCAUGGCAGCGUUGACGAAAGGAUUCGGAUGGUUCACAACAACGGUGGGGAAGGGGGCGAAGACGGUGAAUGAUAGCUAUAUCCAGCCAACGGCCAAGACGAUAGCGGAGUCGGAUUUCGCAGCGCAGGCUCGUCUGCAGGCCUCCCAACUAGGUCAAAACCUACAAACUGGGGCCCGUGGCGCAGCAGGUCACUUUCACCGUUUUGUGGAAGGGCAGGAUGAGGCGGCGGCGGCGGCAGCUGCCCGUCGGGAACGGGGCCGGACUGGAGCCGAGCCGGAAAGAAAGGACUUUUGGGACUCGUUCUCCGCAUUGGGAGAACAGGAUAGUCAUCGCCGGAAUGCAUCAAGAUCGAGUGCGAUUGGCACGGCUGCGAUGAAGCCUGGUGGUGGUGGUGGUGGUGCUGCUGCUGCUGCUGCGGGUGCUGGAUCCACAGCGACUACUUCUGCCUCCUCUGGUGCGUCUGGGACGGGCACGGGGAGAAAAAGCCUCGAGGAUAAUAGUGGAUGGGAUGACAAUUGGUGAGCUUGGAUAGUGGAGGGAGUGAAGGGAGUGGAGGGAGUACUAUUGUUGUACAUAGUACUCGUUUAUUUCUUUCUUGGCACCAUUUACACAUUAUACAUUAUACAUUAUACAUAUAUGUAU